AUGUGGACGUCAAUCACACCGAGUGACUCCGGCGUCUUCCAGCAGCAUCAAGGAUACAUGACCGUCUCGCAAGGCGCUGACUCGGAAUCAAUUACAGAACACAGCACGUCUAUUGCUCUCGUAGCACGUACGUCUUGUAUCACAAUGCCGAGAAAAAAGGAUUCGUCCAUAAAAUCAGCUAAAGAAAAGGAAGAGGAGAAAGCUGGAGAGGAUUUAGAUGCCGAGGAAUUCAUCGUGGAGAAAAUUUUGGACAAGAGAGUUCGAAACGGUAUCGUCGAGUAUUACCUCAAGUGGAAGGGCUAUGGGGACGGGGAUAACACGUGGGAACCCGAGACCCACUUGGAAUGCUCUCAGCUCAUAAACGAGUACGAGAAGAAAGACAAAGAAAAAGCAACCAAAGAGAAAAAAGAGUCAGGGAAGAGAACGCCUAAGAAACCAUCUAAUGAGGCGAAAAUUAAAGUAAAGAGCGGGAUGGACGUGAAUUCGCUGUCGGGUUUCGACCAAGGUUUCGAACCAGAUAGGAUUCUCGGAGCAACCAACGCGAGUGGAACGCUGAAGUUUCUGAUGCAGUGGAAAGACAGUGAGAUACAAGAACUGGUUCCUGCAAGUCAAGCCAAUGUUCUGUGUCCUCAAGUUGUCAUCAAGUUCUACGAAGAGAGACUGAACUGGAAUUAA